AUGGAAUAUGAAUUCAACAGUAAAAGCACAGCUGUGAAACGUUUAAUGAGUGAAGCAAAAGAGUUGGCAGAGCCAACAGAUGAAUACAGUGCUCAUCCAUUAGAAGACAAUUUAUUUGAAUGGCACUUUACUAUGCGUGGCCCACAUGCAUCAGAGUUUGAUGGUGGUAUUUAUCAUGGUCGCAUAUUAUUCCCAACUGAAUAUCCCAUGAAGCCACCUAGCAUAAUACUAUUAACUCCAAAUGGUCGAUGGGAAACAAAUAAAAAAAUAUGCUUAAGCAUUACCGGUUAUCAUCCAGAAACUUGGCAACCGUCAUGGUCGAUUAGAACAUCUAUAUUAGCAUUGAUUGCAUUUAUGACAACUAAUGACCUAGAUUCAGUGGGAGCUCUUGAAUGUACUCCUGAAGAAAGACAAUUUUUGGCUCUAAAGUCUCGGGAUUGGAUUUGUGACUGUUGUGGUGAGAUAUCUAAUUUAUUAGCUAACAAAAAGGAAGUGGAAGUGGAAGUUGUAAAUAAUACUUCACCCAAAUUUUUUAAUCGCAAAUGUGUUAAUGUAAUUGAGGCGAUACAUUCGAUGACCUUAGGAGAUUAUUCAAAUGACAAAGCCUUAUUUACAAGUCCAUUGAAUACUUCAGAUAAAAUUUUUAUUAUUUCUAAAGGACCAUGCCAACUAGAUGGUCCAUUUCCGGAAAAAAUUAUUGAUGAUAAAAAUCGUCUGAACAUUAUUACACAAAAAGUCAAGGCGGUGUAA